GUGGCUUCCUGUGAAAUGUGUGUGUCCUUGAAGGCUGAGGGGGAGGAAGUGGCGUCGGUGGUGAGUGCUCAGGAGAUCAGGGUGGUAGCUGAGCUGCUGCAGGUCUCACCGGAAAGCCUGCAGAAAUCCAUCACCUUCAAGAUGACAGAUACAGUGAGAGAGAAGAUCUACUCACCGCUGACGGUGGAGAGUGCUGUGGAUGCCAGAGAUGCUGUUGCCAAGAUCCUGUAUUCGCUGCUGUUUAGUUGGCUGACGGAGCGCAUCAACGGACGGGUCUACCCUCGCACUGAAGCCCUCUCCAUCUCCAUAUUGGACAUAUAUGGAUUUGAGGAGCUACAGGUGAACAGCUUUGAGCAACUCUGUAUCAACUACGCCAACGAAACUUUGCAGUUCUACUUUGUAAAAGUCGUCUUCCAAGAAGAGCAGGAGGAAUACAUGCGGGAGCAGAUCGAGUGGCAGCAGCACUCCUUUGGCAACAACCAGGCAUGCCUUGACCUCAUUGCUGCAAAGCCUCAUGGGAUCCUGCGCAUACUGGAUGACCAGUGCAGUUUCCCCCAGGCAACAGACCACACCUUCCUCCAGAAGUGCCACUAUCACCAUGGAAACAACCCACUAUAUUGCAGGCCAAAGAUGCCACUGCCAGAGUUUACACUGAAGCACUAUGCCGGGAAGGUCACCUAUCAGGUGCAUAAAUUCUUGGAUAAAAAUUUUGAUAUGGUUCGCCAGGAUGUUUUAGACCUCUUCAUUCAGAGCAGGAACAGAAUGUUAUCAAACCUCUUCUUGAAGUAUUCGGAGUCGGUGUCACAGCAGCAGUCUAACCUGCGGCGCAGCAGCACCGCUCGGCGUCAUCAGGCCAACACGGUCAGCUCAAGGUUUCAGAGCAGCCUGCAAGAGCUGCUGGACAAGAUGCAAAGGUGUAACCCUUACUUUGUGCGAUGCAUCAAGCCAAACCAUCAUAAGGCAUCUGAACUAUUCGAUGUGGAUGUCGUCAACACUCAGCUGCACUACUCUGGCAUCAUGGACACAAUCCUAAUAAGGAAGGAAGGGUAUCCAAUCAGAAUGCACUUUGGCAACUUCUUGUCGAGGUAUAAAGCCCUGCUCUGCCUGAAGGAUUCUCCACCUGCCGAUGGAGAAAAUUGCGUUACUAUGCUCCACAAACUUUGUCCAGUCAAAAAGGGUUCGUAUCAGGUGGGAGUGAGCAAGAUUUUCCUGAAAGAGGAGCUGUAUUACCUGCUGGAGGGGAAGCGGGACCGUGUCCUGGACAUAGCCGCCAUGACUCUGCAGCAACACAUUCGCACCUAUUUUGUCCGAAAGAGCUUCGUCAAAUUUAAGCAUCGUGUGACCUUGUUUGAGGCUCGCUGCAGAGGCUACCUGGCCAGAAAAAAGUUUGUCCUGAGAAGGAAAUACCUCAUCCGGCUGCGCUCCAUUGUUUUGCUGAUCGUCACCUGCCAGCGCUACAUGAGGACAGUGGUGGAGCCUGCCAGACAGGCGGAGGAGGAUCGCAUCAACCGAGAAGUGGUGAACGUGACAACACUGCCAAUUCCUGCAGAGCUGUCUGGCCUGCUUCAUGCUGCUUCAGGAGGAGUUGAGCUACACUCUGACUGCUUGGCAGUUGUCCAGGCUCCAAAAGUUGAGGUGGACCCUCAGCUGACCCUCCCCCUGGAUAUUAACAACUACCUCAUGACUCAUUACAUCCAGGCCAUGUACAGGGAGCCAUUGUUUGGGAUGCUCACAGCCCCACUGGAGAAUUCCCUAAUCCGAAUGGGGGAUGAGCUCAAACAUGGAGCCAUCCACAUUUUUAUUCUGAUUCUAAGGUUUAUGGGUGAUCCUGACUUGAAUGGGGCUCAGGAAAAUCUCUUUGGAAACUACAUCAUCCAACAAGGACUGGACAAUCCCAACCUCAGGGAUGAGAUUUUGUCUCAGGUAGCCAAUCAGGUGUGGAGAAAUCCUAAUGUGCUAAAUUCCGAGCGUGGCUGGCUUCUCCUCUGCUCCUGUCUGUCAGCUUUUCUGCCCUCCCAAAAGCUGGCCAAGUAUCUGCUUAAGUUUGUGUCUGAUUAUGGGCCGGAGGGCUUCAACUGUGUGUGUCAGCACCGCCUGCUUCAGGGUUUGCAGCGGCUCAGUGUCGGGCCAGAAUAUGUUCGAACCUACCCCCCGUGUCUGUUGGAGUGGACAGCCAAUCGCAAGAGAGCUAACAUGGUUCUUCACAUACUCUGCUUUGAUGGCUUGUCUUUUCUUUGUCCGCUGCAUUCGUGGACAACAGGAGAAGAGAUUGCUAAAAACAUAUUACAACACAGGGGAGUGUUGGAGGGUCGUCAAGGCUGGUCAGUACUCCUGAAGGAGCCAGCUCAGUGGGUUGAACUAGAGGGCUCAGACUACGUCCUGGACUUGAUGUCAGAUCUGGAGCUUCCUGCCAACUUUCCCAAACACAACAGCUACUUCAUCAUUUCAGCACUGGAGCCAAACAGAGUGCGGCCCAAUGCCAGCAUAAGCCUGUUGGGUGGUGGCUUUGACACAAAUGAUGACAUCAUAUCUUCAGUCGUACCUGGCUCUGAAGGACUCAGCCCAGACUUUCAGCCUCAGAGAGGGAUGGAUCAUUAUCUUGACAGCCUGUUCGACCCCGUUCUGUCUGACGGAGCUGGAGAAAUAGAAUCAGCUGCGGGACUAUCCAGCAGGAUGAAGGGAGCUGGGGGAGUGGGAGGGAAGUGGCAACAGCAAUCUGGCCCCCCACUUCCACCUGGAGCUGUGAGAGUCCUUCCUGUGGGAGGCGUGAUGUCGCCUCCUGUUGCUGCAGUGGCCCCUGUAACAUCUGAUGCCCAGCAGGCUGUUUUGACUCAGGAGCAGCAGGCAAUUGUGAACCAGCAGGCCAUCAUCAUGGCCCAGCAGAUGAGCAUGCAGGCCAUGGCAAUGGUCGGCAGCCCGGUGUCGAGCCCCCCGACCUCCCCCAUCACUAGCCCUCCCAUGAGUCCUCGGCAACGUCACCCACCAAGCCCCUACGCCCCUGCCAGCCCAUAUGCUGCCAUACCUCCAAGCCCAUAUGCAAACAUCCCACCGAGUCCCUAUGCUAACUUUACUCCAACUCCUUAUGCUGUGGCAGACAUGCAUCCCAGCCUUUACCCUCCUACUGCGCAGCAGGAGCAAGCUCUGUCACAGCCUCGAGCUCCGCCUCCUGCUGGCCCACAAGCUGAGCUUCAGGCCCGACAUCAACCCCGCGCCCACCAGGCUGACUUCACCAAGGCUGACAGAGCUGAGGCCAUGCAGCGCAGAGUUGCCCCCGCUGCACCAGCUCAGCCAGGUAAACACAGCUCCCCUCAGAGAAAGGCUUCAGGUGCGUCUGUAAACAAGGAACCAGCCAGGAAAUUUGGCCCUGAAGUGAUGCCUCCUCUGCCCCCUGCUGGAGAAAUGGUGAAAUACUCGCCUAAGUCUUCAGACUACAUCAUCCCCAGUCAUGAUAUCAAAGAAAUCAUCAAUAGGUAUAACUCCCCUCCACCGCCUCCAGACCCAGUACCCCUCGGAAAGAGGAGACCAGAGGGGAAGUUUCAAAAGAAACAAACGCCUCGCGACGAAGCUUUGCAGAUUCUCAAACCCCAGAUGGACAACCCUCCAGCUCCACAGCCGAAACGUCCCAUUGCCCCAUCCCCGUCUGCCUCUGCUGUGAAGGAUGCAGGCUUCAAACCUAGGAGCGCAAAAACAAAAGCGCCUUAUCGUCCUCUGCCCAAACCUCCCCCAGUUUCUCGAGAGCUGCCGGUGGAGAUGGAGACCAUCCAGACGCAGCUUCAUCGGAGCACCAACGACGAGCACUACACCUACACCAACGUUCCCUGGAAGCUUUAUCUCAGGAAGGAGGUAUUUUAUCCCAAAGAUAGUUUCAACAACCCCCUGGUGCUUGAUCUCAUUUUCAAACAGAUAGUAAAUGACACCCUGUCAGAGGCAUGUGUUCGCAUCACCCGGGAUGAAAGGCAGAAAAUGAAAGCCCUUUUUGCCAAACAUGGAGUUCAGCAGAAUAUGGAUCCGGUUGAGGAACAUGUGAAGAAAACGGUUGUGACAGCCGCCAGGGAAACCUGGCAAAUAUACUUCUCCAGACUCUUCCCUGCCUCGGGUAGUGUAGGAACGGGUGUGCAGGUGCUGUCAGUGUCCCACAGUGGCAUGAAAUUGCUGAAGACAGUAAAAAGCAGCACUGCAGCUCCAGACUAUUUCAGAGUCCUGCGACCCUACUCAUAUGCAGACAUCCUUUUUGUGACCAUCCCCUCGGAGAACAUGCUGGAGUUCAAUCUGAUCAAUGAAAAGCUGAUUCUCUUCUCAGCCAAAGCAUCCCAAGUCAAGCAUCUGGUGGACACCUUCAUCAAUGAGAUCAAAAAGGACUCAAACUACGUGAUUGCAGAGCGUAACUUUGUGACAGAUGACCGCUCCAUGCUUGUUUUCCAUAAGGGGGACAUCAUCAGGCUGCAAGUUAUGGAUGGGCUGGAGAAAGGUUCCAGCUAUGGCUGUGUCGUGAGGAAGAAGGUCGUGUUUUUGGAGGAACUUAAAAGAGACUCCCAGGACUUUGGGUGGAAGUUUGGCGCUGUGUUCGGCCGCUCGGGUGCUUUCCCAGCUGACUGCGUGCGACCCGUUGCUCCUCCUGACUUCCUGUCGCUGCCGCUGGACCGUAAGUCUGAGCCUCGAGAUGGAGCGGGGCAGUUUGCUGUGUCUUCAGCUGUCGCCGUGGCAGUGGCCUCCACCAUGGCUGCACAUGAGAUUGAUCAGACUAUUGAGAAAGUUUCCCUGGAUGGUUUUCCUGAAGCAGAUCUGGAUGAGAGGCUCCUGCAUGACAGCAAAUACAACAUGCUCGAGUUUGCUAAGAAGUUUUUCAGACAGCCGCCCAGUGGGAAAGAAGAUUCUUUGAAGGGCAAAAGUAAGAACAAAGACUCCAGGGAGCCCACAGAAAUGAUCAAGUUCUCCAAGACGCCUCUGGUGGAGUCCCUCAUAGAGUUCCCAGAUCACGCCAUGAACAGAGUGGCAGCUGAUCUCUUUCUGUCCAUCAUGCGCUUCAUGGGGGAUUCGCCGUUAAGAGGUGUGACAGAACAGGAAGUGAUCAGCACUUUUCUUAAGCUGAUAGGAGAGUUCACCUUGAUGAGGGAUGAGGCUUACUGCCAGCUUCUCAAACAGCUUACUGCCAACACCAGCUCCAAACCCGAUAGUUGCCAACGAGGCUGGAGGCUUCUGUACAUCCUGACGGCGUUCCAUCGCUGCUCCGAGGUUCUCAAGCCCUUUCUGCUGAAAUACCUGCAGCAGGCCUCUCGCAGCACCGGUGCACAGUAUCAGGGCAUUGCAAAAGCAUGCGAGCAGAAUCUGAAGAAAACCUUCCAGCACGGAGGUCGCCUUGUCCCACCCAGCAGCAUGGAGCUGAAGGCCAUGAUGGCAGGACGCAGUUCCAAACGUCAGCUGUUUCUUUUCCCAGGAGGCAUUGAGCGCCACGUAAAAAUCAAGACUUGCACUGUUGCCCUGGAGGCAGUGGAGGAGCUGUGCUAUGAGAUGGGCUUACACAGACUGGAGGCCAUGGAGGAAUAUGCCAUAUUUUUGGUGACCAAUAGAGGCCAGCAUGUGCGACCUCUGAACAAGCAUGAGUAUAUCUUGGACGUGACCACAGAGGCCGAGUUAGUCGACUCGAGCUACAGCCUUUGGUUCAGACGAGUCAUCUGGACUCAGCCGCUCAGGUUUGAAAAUGAGCUCUGCGUGGCCAUGCAGUACAAUCAGAUCCUACCAGACUACCGCAAAGGUCUGCUAAACGUUCUCCCCCAAGGAAAAGUCAGCGAUCAGCAGUUCCACCAAAUCUCCAAACUGGCAGCUUUGCAGCACAGAGCUAAAGACGGCAUCUUUACCCCCAGCAUACACGAAUUAUCCGAGUACAUCGCCGCACCUCUCUUCAAAAAGCAGCAGCCGCAGCAGUGGGUUACCAUGGUGACGCAGCACAUGCAGCAAGCGCAGGCGCUGAACCCGCACCAGGCCAGAGCCCAGUUUCUAGGGCUGGUCAGCGCGUUCCCGAUGUUUGGCUCCUCUUUCUUCUACAUCCACAGCAGCAGCUCCACCACUUUCUUUGCUCCCUGUAUCCUAGCUGUCAAUCAACAUGGCCUCCACUUCCUCCACAAAAAUACACACGAGCUGAUGGCUAUGGUCCCUCUGGCGGAGGUGCAGUCCAGCCGCACCCAGAGGCCCACAGCUGGAUCAAGUUACCCCUACGUGGACAUCACUGUGGGAGACAUGAACGCACAACGAGUGGUCCAGCUGCAGCUUGAGCAGAGCCUGGAGCUGUGUCGGGUUAUUGCCAUGCAGGUGGAAAACAUGAUGUCUGUGCGGGAAAAGAGGCUCACUCUGCCACCCAGUGAAAUCACUGUGUUGUAGCACAUUCACACACUUUACCAAACACUAAAAAAUGGCUCUGCACACACACACCGUCGGACUUCUGAGCUCCAGGUGACCGUCAGGUUUUAGGGAGACAAAUUUCUCACCUGUCCGGACACUACUGAUGAAAAAUUGUCCCUUUGGCUAACUCUGGUGCGAAGAUGUGCUUUUUUAUGUGCGAUGACCCUGUCAAAGAAAAUGUCAACUGGAUACAAUAUUCAGGAUUAGAUUUAGAGGCUUGAGUGCGAAGAAUCAUAUUAUCCUGUUACAAGCAACAAUAGUCAAUGAAAGAAGAUGUAAGGGGAUAACACACACAACCAUUUUAUUUGUCUACAUUUAAAAUGAUCUCAAGUAGGUCUGUCUUUUUUUUAUCUCCAUUUAAAGGUUUGAUAAUGUAUUAAAAACAAUUUGUGUGUUCAGGCGUGAUGGGUUUGUUAUGUUAAUAAAAACAUACUUUUUUAUAUGCAAGCAA